ACAGAGAGAAGACAGUUCUAUCCGCGGCGCUCGGCCCCCUAGCCUGUCCAAGCCGCAGCGAGCGGCAAAGCAAGUGUCUAAACCUAACCUAACCAACCCUAAAAUAUAUACUAAUCUCGCUUAUAUUAUAAUUUAUUGCGGCAAUUGUGAGUUGUAGAGUUUGGCAGCCACCUGAUCGAUAAAUAAUCCAUUAAAAGACGACAUCUGAACGAUGAUAAAUCUAUUUUCAAAAAAUCCGACCUACAAAAUUAUUGCAAUCCGACCUAUAGGCCCUAUAGAGAGCGCACAAAAGGAGUGCAUCCGACCUUUAAACUGUGCAACACUUAAGAGCAGUCGUAAAGGUCGGAUAUUGCAGUCAUAAUCAGAAAGUAAUUGUUGUUCUGAAGAAUUCGGUUGGAUUUUGCGUAUAGACGCGUUUCGGUAUAUGGGUCUGUCCUUGUGUUGAAAGUUGAAAGUAAACACGAAGGUUUAAAAUACAAUUGUUCUCUAUGUGAGUUUGCUGCAACUUCAGUAAAAAGUCUAAAGAUUCCAUACUUAAAGUAAACAUGUGGGAGUAAGAUAUCCUUGUCCAAGCUGUGAAUAUGUUGCAACUGCAGUGGGUGUCUUGAACAGGCACGUUAUGAGUAAGCACGAGGGGGUGAGAUAUCCUUGUCCUCACUGUGAAUACGCUGCAACUAGAGCUAGUGUCCUGAAGAUUCACAUUGAAAAUAAGCACGAGGGGGUACGUUCUUGUCCUCACUGUGAAUAUACUGCUACUAGAGCAAGUGUCCUAAAGAUUCACGUUGAAAAUAAACAUGAAGGAGUGAGAUAUCCUUGCACUGAUUGUGAGUAUGCUGCGAAAACCGUGGGUUCACUGAAGAUUCACGUUGAAAAUAAACACGAAGGACGGAGAUAUUUUUGUUCUCAAUGUGAGUUUGUUACCACUACAGUAGGUAAUUUAAAGAUACAUUUUGUAAAUAAACACGAAGGAGUUAAAUAUGCAUGUCUUAAAUGUGAGUAUACUGCAACUACAUCCAGAAAUCUAAAGAUUCAUGUGGAAAGUAAACACGAAGGAGUAAGAUAUCCCUGUACUCUAUGUGAGUAUGUUGCAACUACAGUGAGCAAUCUAAAGAUUCAUACUGAAAGUAAACAUGAAGGGGUAAGAUAUCCUUGUUCUCUAUGUGAGUAUGCUGGAACUACAGUGAGAAGUCUAAAGAUUCAUGUGGAAAGUAAACACGAAGGAGUUAGAUAUCCUUGUUCUCUAUGUGAGUAUGUUGCAACUAAAGUGGGAAAUCUAAAGAUUCAUACUGAAAGCAAACAUGAAGGAGUUAGAUAUCCUUGUUCUCUAUGUGAGUAUGUUGCAACUGAAGUGGGAAAUCUAAAGAUUCAUACUGAAAGCAAACAUGAAGGAGUUAGAUAUCCUUGUUCUCUAUGUGAGUAUGUUGCAACUACAGUGAGAAAUCUAAAGAUUCAUACUGAAAGUCAACACGAAGGGGUAAGAUAUCCUUGCCCUGAAUGCGAAUAUGCUGCAAUUGACAAAAGAAAAUUGAAAAGACAUACAUAAUAAACAUAAAUGAGUAAGGAAUCUUUGUUCUUUAUGUGAACAAGCUGCAUCUAGGGAUCUGAAGAAAUACUUCUAUACCAUUACAUUUAUACGUUUUUUGAUAAUUUAAAAAUUUGAAACUACU